AUGCCGCGCUUCUCUGAAUGGGCCGCUGAGCAGCGAAGUGCGGGCUCCGCCACACAGCCACAGAACGUUGGAGCUGUGGCCACGGGCCCUCAACGUUUCCUGGUGGACAACAGUCUCCUGCGAUCGGACAGCUCUGGGCUGCGCUACCGCUUUUCCCCGGAUGGCGACAAGAAUCGGGCACUGAAGCCAGUGGCCUGGGGCCGCUGCGUUUGGGGCGUUCUCAACGACACGCAGACGUGGCUCAAGGUGAAAACUGGACGACGCCUGGACGUGUUGGAAACGCACAACGGUUGUGGUAUCACAGGGGAUACUUACCCGCCACCUCCUCAGUUUUCACCAGCCGCUGUGCUUCGUGCAAGCUGUCCAGCUGAGGUGACGGUCCAAGGCUGCAGCGUGUUGAAGCUUCAACUGGACGACCCGGAACCCUUUGAGGUGACAUAG